AUGUCUGCAGAACCAGCGUUGAAGUACUCACACGUCAUUCUGCUGGUCUGCCGACUGUACACCAAGAACCGCAUGCCGGAACGGUUCUGUGUUCAGGCAUUCGGGGAUCAGGAACCGCUUAGCGAGACUGUUGUUUUCAGCGUGAAAGAGAGAGAUGCAGUUAACGUGGCGUUUAUCUACGGCAACCAAGCACGCGCAGACGAACGACGCUGCAAGUGUCUCAGUCGCUGCGCCUUCGAGACCUUCGGGGAGGGUGGCUCAGUAGUAGACGUUUGGCUGGCGGAUGGAAAGCGCUGUGAAGAAGCGCUGAUGCUCCCGCACAAAACAGUCCGAGAGCAUGAAAAUAGACGCGCCCCGCGCCUCUCCCCGCUGCAUGGCAGAAAGCGCCUACCGAACAUUGCGUGCUUUCAGCUUUCAUAUUCUGUGUUUGGAGGCCGCCGGCGUUGGCGUUCUCCAGAUGUCGCAAAAGGCACUCCUAGGACCUGCAGCAGGACGCGCCUCGCUGUUCGAGCCCCUGCCAACCAAGAACCGCCCAAGGAAAUGUUGUGUUUCCAGCGUAGACCUAGGGAUUGUACGAAGGCCCUCUUGAGCCUAUUUAUCGAAUUACGGGAAAUUUGGGAAUUCUGUGAAGAAGCUCUUGUGAGGUCUGUAGAAGCAGCUGAUAUCAUCUGCACGUGGGCAGGCAACUUUUGUCUGCCUCCUGUUUACCAGAAAGCGGUUAGCGGAAAUGUUCUGACGUUGACGUAA